AUGGCAGGUCCCUUCCCUCCAAGUUCUCCAGUGGCUUCUGGCGCCUUUGAGUCAGACCCGUUUGAAUACGAAGAUAAUGGUUUUAUUUCUAAGGACUGGAAAGGUCACUCUGCUGAAUUACAACAACGUGGUGGAUGGUAUCCAACUCCAGAUCCUUCUUCUAGUAUUGGAAGGUCUUCUUCCCCUAUAAGAGCUGCAAUUACUCACGGAUCUUCUCCGGAACGACAAGAAUCAACGAAGCAUUUACACAAGGCACAGGCAAAACCAAAAUCUAAACCAAUAGCCAUUGAACUCGAUGCACUGGAUCCCUCUCGUCUAGCGGUUGGUCGUAAGCAUAGCGUGUGCGACAUCGUGUUACCCAGUAAGAAGAGUAUUUCAAGGCAGCAUGCAUUUAUAUCCUAUAUGGCUCAUAAAAAUCAAGUUAAACUGGAAUGUAACGGAUCCAAUGGCUGCAUAGUGACGCUACCAAGUCAAUUGGAGUGUCAAUUGGUUAAACUUGACGCUGAAAAGAGUGUAUUUGAGCUGCGCGCUAAAGAAUUGGAUGAUAAGGAAAGUACAGAACAUCAGCAUGAUAAAGAAUUGGUUAGCGACCAUUUGCUAACUUCAUUUGUUCUGCUUAAAGGCGAGACAGUGACUAUGCCAUUUGUCAAAGGAACCAUAUUAGAUUUUAGACAGGCUGAAGCAGUUUUGUCAAUGAAACCAUUUGAUCCCUUAGAACAUAAUGACGAUGAAGACAAUGUUACGGAAACCGAAGAUGAAAUGGUUGCAGUCAUGACCAAAAGUGAUGAUUUCCAUAGAAUGGAAAGUACUUCUACAAAAUUUGCAAGCGUACAGCAUUCACCAGCUACACCACGUAUUGAAAAAGCUAAACCUGCUACGCAACCUAAUCUACAAUCACCUCUAGUGCAAAACAAAAUAGAUCCUACGCCGAAUUCACAUAUUCCUGAAUUAGAGACUCCAUUGACACCAACAAAACCUAAGAAGUUAGAUCUACAUCUAGAUACUCAGCGGCAAGUACAAGAAACCCCACUAGCGAACCGAACUAAUCAAGCACCUCCACUCCGUCGUGAUAGGGAAACCGCUUUUGGUAAAGAACCUGAACCACCUAAAUCGAAGCCCAAACAUAACAAGAAGAGUGAUGAUUCUCAACAACAUAAACGUAAGCAGCAGAAAUCAUCACCUGCACCCUCCACACCUGAAGCCCUUAUAGAAUCUCUAGAGCAACGUGGUAUCAAUUGUUUGGCAUUGCAACAUGUACUUGCUAACAAUUUGGCUUUCGCUAGUGUCUUGCAAACUCCGCUUUAUCAAUUACAGGAUGUGAAUUCUACAAUCAGCACAUUAUCCAGGGAAGAAUUACGCGCAUUACUCGCCAAAGAACAUUGCAUAGGAGUCAUACAUCGCCAAGGUAAAGAUGCAGCUGGUAAGCCAUUAGAUGAAGAAUACUUCUACGAUGUAGAAAAUGAUAGUGACCUUGAAAGGAGGAAUCUCGUUUUUGCAUUUAAAGGUGGCAGAUCCGGUCUCAGAUCCUGCAGAAAAGUUCACAAACAGUACUUCUGGAAAAAACCAUCUAAAUAA